CCCCCCCCACAGGACAUUGGAACCCUCCAACCCAAAAAUCCCCUUUAAACCUCCCCAAUUCCCCCUAAAUUCCCCCCAAAAGGCCGUUUAACCCCCGCCAUGCCGCGGCGCUACCACACUCGCCCGCUGGGCUCGCUGACCGUGCCGGGCCCGCUGUACUCGGUGCGGGUGCUGCAGGUUGGCUACAACACCCCAAUCCCCGCUAGCCACAGCCCCACCCUCGCUAGCCACACCCCCUCCCUCACUAGCCACAGCCACACCCUCACUAGCCACACCCCCUCCCUCACUAGCCACACCCUCACUAGCCACACCCUCACUAGCCACAGCCCCACCCUCGCUAGCCACAGCCCGGCCCCCGCCGGCCCCGCGCUCGCCGACGGCUCCAUCACGCUGGUCUCCGGUGGCCCCCUGACCGUGCUGGUGGACACGGGCGGCCCGUGGCUACGGGACCGCCUGCCGGGGCUGCUGAGGGCGCAGGGCGUGGCCACCGGCGACGUCACGCACGUGGUGGCCACCCACGGCCACUCGGACCACGUGGGCAACCUCAACCUGUUCCCGCGGGCCGCGCUGCUCGUGGGCUUCGACCUGUGCAGCAGCCGCGGCCUCUACUCGCCCAACGGGCUGGCGCAGGGCGCGCCGCUCGUGCUGCACCCCGGGCACCUGGAGGUGGUGGCCACGCCCGGGCACACGCGGGCCCACGUCAGCCUGGUGGCCCGCGGGACCGGCCUGGGCACCGUGGUGGUGGCCGGGGACGCGUUCGAGCGGCGCGGGGACGGGCGGGAGUGGCGGGCCCUGAGCGAGGAGCCCAGCGCGCAGGCGCGCAGCCGGCGGAGGCUGCUGGCCGCCGCUGACGUCAUCGUGCCCGGGCACGGCGCGCCGUUCCGCGUGCGGAGGGGGCGGGGCUGGGACCGCGAGGAGGAGGAGGAGGAGGAAGAGGAGGAGGAAGAUGAUGAGGAUGAGGAUGAUGAGGAUGAGGAUGAUGAGGAUGAGGAUGGCGGAUCUGGACGUGAGGAGGAGGAUGGAGAUGGUGCCGAGAGCCGGGAGAGAGAGUGACAGCGGUGACACCGGAGCUUGGGGACAUCUAAGACCUUGGGGACAUCCUGAGUGUCACUGGG